AUGGUAACAACCAUCAACGAAAACAUGUUUGCCCCCGAAAUCAUGUACGAUCCCUAUACCUAUUAUGGUCAGCUUCGGGAAGAAGACCCGGUGCACUGGAACGAGCUGUACGAGCUCUGGGUCGUCACCCGCCACGAUGAUCUGGUCUGGCUGACCCGCAAUCACGAGCUGUUUUCCAGCACCGUCUGGCUCAACGACCCGCGCGGCCCCUAUCCCGCCGUCAACGAGUCCGACAACGAGCUGUACGAGUUCGUUCGCAACUACCAGGGAAAGCAGUUCAUUCAGUACGACCGCCCCGACCACCUCGAGAUGCGGAAGGUAGUGCACGCCUACUUUCACUCCGAAGUCCAUGGAGGAAUGGCGCCCCUGGUACAGAACGCCAUCAACGAGCUCUUGGACGAGGCCGAUCAGAAAGACGACUUCGACAUGAUGCGCGACCUGGCCACGCCUCUUCCGGUGUUGGUCAUCGCCGAGAUGAUGGGCGUACCGAAGGCAGAGCGCCCGUACAUCCGCGCCAUCGCCGAGAAGCUCCUCAACAUCGCCCGCGGCGAGGCCGACCGUCUGCCCAGGCUGGUGGAAGGCAUGGAGGAGAUGCUCGAAUACGUCAACCCCAUGAUUGAAGAGCGACUCGUCAAGCCCGGCGACGACUUCAUCUCCGUUCUGGCUGGCGGCGAGAAGGCUGGCGUAUUCACCCGCGAGCAGGCGCUGGUCAACACCUCGCUGCUGCUGCUGGCAGGACACGAGACCACCAUCAACCUGAUCUGCAAUGGCACCCUGUCCUUCAUGCGCAACCGCGACCAGUGGGACAUCCUGAGGGAAGACCCCCAGGGCAUGAUGGUCAGGGCCACCGAGGAAUGCCUGCGCUACGACGCUCCGGUCAAGUCCAUCCAGCGCCUCGCCUCGCAGGACAUCGAGAUGCGGGACAAGCUGAUCCGGGAAAAGGACCGCAUCCGCUGGUUCAUCACGUCGGCCAAUCGCGACCCCAACAAGUUCGAGCGGCCCGACGAAAUGGACAUCAUGCGCUGGCCCAACCCGCAUGUGGCAUUCGGUGCCGGCAUUCACCACUGCCUCGGGGCCACCAUCGCCCGCGUGGAAGGUCAGGAAGUCUUCCGCGAACUGGCUGAGCGCUACCCCGACAUGGAACUGGUUCGUGAUGAGAUGGAGUACGAAUCCAGCAUCACCUUCCGCUCCAUCAAAGAGAUGCCCAUCACCACCAACGCCUGA